GUUGAUACACACGAGAGAGGAAACACCACAACACGCCAUCGAGACUCACUAUCGCAACUGGAGGUUUAUGGGCAUUUGGAAUAUCCAUUACAACCCAUGUUAACACUCUCACAACAUCGAUUUUAACACCUGGAUCCCAUCUAACAAGGCGGAUAUUCGGUUUUUUUUAUAUCUCAGCAGGUGACUGAUAUGACCCAUACACCAAAGAAAACGAAAGGCAAUGAACUCACACAAGAACAUCUCUCUCCUCCGGAAGUCAAAUGGAGUGCAGAAGAACCAGAGGUCCUUGUGGUGACUGGACAAUGCAUAACAACACCUCAGUCACCUGAAAUGUUGCUUUAUACAACGUAUAAACAGAGGACUGACGAGUUUCGCAAGUUGUUUAAAGACGUGCCCGAGAAACUAAUUGCAGAUUACACCUGUGCUGUGCAGAAGGAUAUCCUGUUACAAGGACGCCUCUACCUCACAGAAAACUGGUUAUGCUUCUACAGUAUGGUUUUUCGUGGAACAAAAAUCACAUUGAAUAUGAAGGAUAUCACCUCAAUGUCAAGAGAAAAGACAGCAAAAUGGAUACCAAAUGCCAUUCAGAUCACUACAAAUUCAGAGAAACUGUUUUUCAGCUCUUUCUCGGCAAGGGAAAAAAGUUUCCUGUGGAUAUUUCGACUUUGGCAGAAUAUUUUACUGGAGAAGAAACUGAGCAAAUCUGAGCUGUUGCACAUGGUCAAACAGCAUUAUGGCAAUGACUUGGGGUUGAGUUAUGAUGACAUGGAAAGAUUCCAAACAGCAGCAGAAAGUGUCACGUCUACCCAGCCCAGUUUGAACAUGCGCGGAGAGGAUAACAACGGGAGGCCGGAAAGGCCCACUUCGCUUCGUCUUCCCCUGGGAGAGCUGAGUCCUUAUGAGGCAUCUACACCACAGGGAGAUAAUACUCAGUCUCCGAUUGGACUUCAAAACACGCUGUCUGUAAAUGGGGACGACACACUCAGUCCCCCGUCCCGUCAACGCAGUCCAAAUCUGUCAUUGAACCGUUCUGGGUCCGAUCGAGUUUCUAAACGUUCCUCUCUGUCUCUGGAUUUGAAUGCCAAUGAGGAUCAGCACUCAGAUAACAGCAGAUCUGAAAGCCUGGAAGAGGUGGAGGAACGUGAGACUCCGUCUCCAGUAUCUCAGGGAAGGCUAUUUGUGAACAAGGUCUUUCACAUCAGCGCAGAGAAAAUGUUCGAACUCCUCUUCACUGAUUCCAAUUUUGUUCGGAGGUUUAUGGACAUUAGGAAGAUCACGGGUAUGACCUCUACCUCAUGGCAAAAGGAUUCCUCUGACUGUAUGAAAAGGACUUUAAACUACACCAUCACCAUUAAUAAUCCCCUUGUGGGCAAAUUCUCCACUGCCACAGAGUACCAGACACUAUAUAAAGAAUCAAGGGAAGGUCAAUACUACAUGGUGGGUGCUGAGGUCUACACUCACGAUGUUCCAUAUCAUGAUUACUUUUACACGCAGAAUCGCUUCUGCAUCAUCAGUAACUCCAAACACAAGUGCAGACUCAGGAUUUACACUGACGUGAUAUACAAGAAGCAGCCCUGGGGUCUUGUGAAGUCCUUUAUUUCUAAAAACUCAUGGAGUGGGAUAGAAGACUACUUCAAACAUCUUGAAGCGGAGCUUCUUGAGGAAGAGGCAGAGCUGAUUCAAGGAAGUGGAGAUGCUGGGAAGACGGGUGCUUUGCGUCGAAGGCGAAGGACCUACAGUCGCUCCCUACAGGAAAUGAAACCGGGCAAGCAGUACAGCACAGACUCGGAACAGCAGAGAGGGGGCACCAUGGGUGCAGUGGAUAUGAAGAAUGCACAAAGAUGGAACAUCACAACUAUUGUCAUUGGGAUGAGUUUAAUUCUUUUUGUUCUGACGGCUCUAAACUUGGGGCUGUUCUUUAAACUUUGGGCCAUGGAGGAUGUUGCCCACCGUAUGUAUCUGAGCACCAAACACAGAAUGAGGGAGAGAGCAGAAUCCAGUUUGGAGUCUGACCUUGGGACAAGACAAGGUAUGCCACACAGAGGUCGAGAGGAAGUUCGCUUAUUGAGGACAGUGCUGCAAGAUUCCAUUAACCUUCUUGAACAGCUACGUAGUUCUCUUGUGAUGCUUCAACAGAACUUCCAGGUCUACAACAGAACUUCCUCUCAGCUUUAAAUGGCAUUUGGCAUGAUGACCUGGGAACACAAGGGUGUUCCUCCCCUGAGACCUGCCCUCCCUGUGGAGUGUUGUCAUAGAGACUGUGCCCAAGAGCAGACACGUAACCAUGUUCUAUGUCUCUUUGCGCUUUAAUGUUGUUGGUUGGAUGUUUUUUUUUUCAAAGCUGGGAGGGGAUCUUCACGCUGGCACACUGAAAGUUUUCUCCAGGAUUUGUUCACUUUACCCUGGUGGCCUUAAAAGUGAGGGAGAAAAGCUAUUCUGUGACUUUAUAUUGAACUGUAACGGCAAAACAGCAGACUAAAACAAACUCUGAGGAUCAUAUUCUGUUUUUUAAUUCUAAUUUGUAGAAUUGAGGAUUUUAUUGUGUAACGUGGGUUUUUAUGGAGAAUGUCAAAAAAGUAAGAAUGGGUUUGAAUGAUGUGUAGUGAGAUUUCAACAAGAAAUUGUUUAAACUGCUUUCAUACCACUUAUGGUUCUUUUCAGGGACUGGAUUUUCACUGUGGAUAAAGUUUAUUUAUGGUGCGACCAUGUUAAUUCUGCACAGUGGGCACAGGGAAAUUGUGUUAAUUUAUUGUAAGCGAAUGUAUAUUCCAGCACAGAUAUGUUGUAUAUAUUAUUUCAUAUUGAUUUAAGUUUUUCUUCUGAAAUGUUUAAUGCAUUUUCCUGAUACUAUUUAUAAAUAAAAUCCUUUGUUAUAA